AUGGACACAGACGAUCAUCAGCAUAUAUUUCUAUUCUCUCCUGGCAACGAAAAGAAAGUUAUCAAUGUCCGUGCCACUCAUAUACGACGGCUCUUCGACAUUCUCCAUGUCAGCUUACAGCGUGGAGAUAGCCACCGAGCCCGUCAUGCAUGGGCCAUUUUAGCGCGCUGCAAGGAGGUAGACUGGAAGGAAAAAUGGAGAAUGAGUCUUCGAUUACUUGAUAGUGGUGCAACUCUGCAGAGUAAUUCACGCAAGACAGAGUUCCUCCGCACAAUCAUGUUGCAGUCGCCCAACCAGCGAGAACACAUCUUAUCCGAGCUUGUCAUCCAUCUGAUCAAUGCUGGAAAAUACAGAGACGCUCUCGACGAGCUGGAAUUGUACCUCCCGUCAUUCCCCUACCAUGACAAUGCACCACUUCAUGUGUAUGCUGGGCUUAUCUGCGUGUACAUGGCGCAACCAGAUGAUUCGGGCGACCAGAAUACAUGUUUCAAUGGAGACAUGCUCGGACGGGCGCAGAUUUACUUCGAACGGGCUAAGUCUUUAGACUCUGACAAUUUGGUGGCCAAAACUUUUCUUGAACGGGUGCGUGUGCUGCAGACCAGGUGGUCCCGUUGA